GGGAGGAGGGAGGCAGGUUAGGGUGCAGGAAGAGAUACUCAUACUCGCGGGAUGUGCCGGGGAAGCUGCCGCGGCGUUAGUCAAGGAAAACGCGUGACAAAUAGGAUUUGACUCGUUAACGCAGCUCCCCGAAUGCCACGAAAUGUCUAUCAACUAAUUGCAUACCGGCAAAAGAGCUAAUCAGGCUGUCUGCUUCUCUGAUUCAUCUGGACUGGAUGUUUCCUCUCUGUAAUACUUGUAGGCAGCUGUGAAUGUCUCUGCUCCAUACUUCUAACUGAGUCCUGACCAACAGCUCUUUCACAGGAACCCUUUGGAUGCCCAGCACAUCUGUAGUCCUUUGAAAGACCUUUCAUCAUGCAGAAGAAUGUUGAUUUAGAAAACAACUGAAAAAAACAGAAGGCCUUUAUAUCCAGCUGCACAUCCCCUGAUGAUCUGGGACUGCAUCCCUAUAAAUUAUCACCUCUGCACUGGAAAGAUUUAGGAUGUGGCCAUACAGCAACUUCCUGGAGCACUCCAGAAAGCACAUUCACAACAUCAGCUGAUGUGCUAAGACUGAACUUGCAGCAUCAUAAAAUCUUAAUCAAGUGAAAAUGGCCUUCAGCAAUCUGACAUCAAAGGCUGUGCUGCUAUAUGAUGAAUGGAUCAAAGAUGCUGAUCCAAGACUGGAAGGCUGGCCACUCAUGUCUUCACCUUUUCCAACGACCUUUAUCAUUGGAACCUACAUCUAUUUUGUCACUUCUCUGGGACCCAAACUCAUGGAAAAUAAAAAACCUUUUGAACUCAGGCAGAUAAUGGCAUUUUAUAACUUUAGUGUGGUAAUCCUUUCUUUGUACAUGACUUACGAAUUUCUUAUGUCGGGUUGGGCCACCGGGUACUCAUUCCGGUGUGAUAUUGUUGACUACUCAAGGUCACCUACAGCUCUAAGAAUGGUACGAACUUGUUGGCUGUACUACUUUUCCAAAUUCAUUGAACUAUUAGACACUAUUUUUUUUGUGCUACGUAAGAAAAACAACCAAGUUACAUUCCUGCAUGUCUUUCAUCAUUCCAUCAUGCCAUGGACCUGGUGGUUUGGAGUCAAAUUUGCUGCAGGUGGUUUAGGGACGUUUCAUGCUUUGUUGAACUGCAUUGUACAUGUUGUCAUGUACACUUACUAUGGCAUCUGUUCUUUGGGACCAGCCUAUCAUAAAUACUUGUGGUGGAAAAAAUACAUGACAACUAUACAACUUGUCCAGUUCAUUAUGAUUACAGUCCAUAUAGGACAAAUCUACAUCAUGGAUGAUUGUCCAUACCAGUAUCCAAUUUUCAUGUUUAUUAUUUGGCUAUAUGGUUCCAUGUUUUUAGUCUUGUUUCUGCACUUCUGGUACCAUGCUUACACAAAGGGACAACGACUACCAAAGACGACAAGAAAUAGCAUCAGCAAAGAUCAGUGAAACAAACUCUUGUCUACAAGAAAGAAGAAAAAAACGUAUACAUCAGAGUGAAAACUUGAGCUACUUGACAAUCAAGAUAUUUAGGUGCACACACUACACUGUGUAUAUUUUGUAUGUUUUCUUCCGAAGCAGAACUUGUAUUUUUACCAUAAGUUAUUUGGGUUUCAAAAUUUGGGGGGUGGGGUAGAACAGCAUGUAUCUCUGAAUUAAAAAGGAAAAAAAAAAAAGUGUUUUCAGCAACUUCCUCGUGUCUUUCCUGCAAGAAAUGAAUGGAUAGAUGAUCUCUAUCUAGAAGAUGCAGGAAAAUAAAGAUACUUGUUGAGAAAAUUAGUGUGUAUGACAAGUACAAAGUACUUUGACCAUUGAGGAAAAAAAUGACUUUAAUUGUUAUAAGUUGCUGAGAAUGUCAGCUACAAUUUAUUAACAUAACGAAUCUUCAAUAAAUACUGUAUUUGAAUAUAAAUCUUAUUAUUAAUAUAACUAAUACAUAUAGGCAUUAUGUGUUUAAAAACAAUAUUACUUUAAAGAAAGGAAUGUAUGUUAAUCUGUCGAAGUAUGGCAUUUAGUUUGAAGAUAGACUUUUAUAUGUACCCUCUUUGAUUGAGAUAACUUAAUUCAUUUUACGUAGGAAACUUGUAUUCAUUUAAAAAUUAUCCUAAAUGCAGGAAACCUACUAAUUUGAGGGUCAUCCAAACUGUCUUGUAGUGUAAUGAUCAAAACAGCCUAGUGAUUUGUUCACCAAAGUGUUAUAGUAAUCUUAAUCUAUGAGUAUGUUUUUAUAUAUGUAGAAUAGACUGCUUAGUGGGGAUAAAUAUGUAAUUCAGCAGUCAAAAUCUUAGUCCUUAUAUAUCUUUUAAAGAAACACAUUUUUUGAUUGAAGCCUAAAUGUUAGAUACCAUGACUGUACUGUGCUCUGUUUUCUUCCAUUCCCAUUAUCUAUUGAAAUACAUGCCUCAAAAGACUUUCUGGGGUUUUCUUAUUAUUGUUUAUUAUUAUUACUGUUUGUUUUUAACAACUCAAGUUUAAAGUUUUCUCUGUUAAGUAGCACUGGUUACCUUGUCUCUGUUCCGUCAAACUAGAAAGAAAGAUACAAGACAUUCUCUGAACUCCUGAGACUGGGGCUGGCAGAGGUGGUAGGGCAUGUGUGGAGUCCAUAUCGGAUCGACCAGUAUGGUUUUUUUUCCAUGUUAGGAAACAUGGAAACAUGGCAGAUUGUUAAGGGCACACACGUAGAGAAAUUAAAGAGCCUAGCUAUUUGCACAUAAGCUGCAUUUGUAUUGUAUGAGUUUAUUAAGGAAAAGGUUCAUGCAUCAGACCUGUAACUGAGGAGGUAGAGAUGUUUAACAUGUUACCUUUAAAUGUACUGUUUUCUAUUAUGUUCACUACUGACAGAGAAGAAGCUUGUCGGUUUUGCUUUGUGCUUGACCUGUUCUGUGGGAUUUUCAAAUAUCCAAAAUGUUGGUGCAGGUUUCAAUUGCUUCCCUGUUGUAAAAUUCCAAGAAAAUAAGUUUUGUUACCUCAAUAUAUUUAUAGGCAUAGCAACAUUUAUGGUGUAUUGUUAAUGCUAAAAGAAUUUAAACUUUAUCAUGGACAUGUGUUGCAUAUAAUUCUUAUGAAAUUGCAUACAAGUCAUCU